GGUACAUUCAUCAAUUCAAGUCCUGAAAAGUUAUCGCGCUUCUGAGCUGUUCAAAAUCUAGUAAUAAUUACAAUUUUAUAGAACAGUAUUCUGACCUACUAUAGUGACAGCUGUGCCAGAGAACUGGGAACUUGGAGGGUUGGAGUUGUGAGCAAGAAUCGUUUAACAAACAUGGAGAAUAAUGAAGAUAUCUAUCCAUGUCAACAUUGCAGUAUGGCUUUUUCAAAAGAUUCUUUUUUGAAAGCACAUAUGCAAUACAAACAUGGUCAAGAUAGAGCUGUCAAUAGGAGUCUGGAUGCCAUUGAUAAUACAAGUCAACUUUUUUCCCAGACAUCAAACUUUUAUCAACACCAUAUCAUGUGUAUAAAAGAAAAGCUUCACAAAUGUGACCAGUGUAAUAAAUGUUUUCUGAACCAUGCUACAUUAAGAAAACAUCUUAGAACUCAUACAAGAGAAAAGCCUUAUAAUUGUGGCAAAUGUGGUAAAUGUUUUACAACAUUUUCAAAUUUAAAGAGACACUUAAGAAUUCAUACAGGAGAAAAACCUUACAAGUGUGACAAAUGUGGUAAAUGUUUCACUCAGGGUUCUAGUUUACGAAUCCACCAAAGAAUUCAUACUGGAGAAAAACCUUAUAAGUGUGAAAAAUGCGGUAAGUGUUUUAAAGAAAGUGGUUCUUUAAUAAUACACAAUAGAUCUCAUUCAGGAGAAAAGCCGUAUAAGUGUAUGGAAUGUGGUAAAUGUUUCAUUUAUGGUGUCCAGUUAAAGCAACACUUUAAAAGUCAUACAGGAGAAAAGCCUUACAAGUGUAACAAAUGUGGUAGAAGCUUCACAAUGGUUGGCAAUUUAAAUAUACACUAUAGAAUCCAUACAGGAGAAAAGCCUAACAAGUGUGACAAAUGUGGUAAAUGUUUCACAACUGUUGGGAAUUUUAAGAGACACUAUAGGAUCCAUACAGGAGAAAAGCCUUACAAGUGUGCUGAAUGUGGGAAGAGUUUCAUAGAAGGGACAAGUUUAAAGAUACACCUUAGCAGUCAUACUAGCCAAAAAUCCUACCAGUGUGAUGAAUGUGGUCAAUGUUUUUUAAAGCUGAGCCACUUAAAGAAACACUUUAUAAUUCAUACAGAAGACAAGCCUUACAUGUGUGAGAAAUGUGGUAAAUUUUUUCACAAGCUUCGGGAUUUACAGAGACACAGUUCUAGAAUUCAUAGUAGAACAAAACCUUAUAAAUGUGACAAAUGUGAUAGAAGUUUCACACUGCUUUGUGAUUUACAAAAACACCUUGUAAUUCAUACAGGGGAAAAUCCUCACAAGUGUGACAAAUGUGAUAAAUGUUAUUUGAAGGUUAGCUCCUUGAAAAAACACCAAGUAGCUCAUACAAUAGAAAGACCUCUUAAAAAGUGUGACAAAUGUGGUAGAUGUUUCAAACAGCUUCGUGAUUUACAGAUACACCUUAGUGUUCACACAGGAGAAAAGCCUCAUAAGUGUAACAAAUGUGGUAAAUGUUUCAGACUUUAUGUUAAUUUAAAGAGACACAAUAUAAUUCAUACAGGAAAAAAACCAUAUAUGUGUGAUCAAUGUGGUAAUUGUUUCACCCAGCUUUGCAUUUUAACAAGGCACCUUAGAGUUCAUACAGGAGAAAAGCCUUACAUGUGUAACAAUUGUGGUAAAUCCUUUAAACAGAAUGCACGUUUGAUAAGCCAUCACAGAAUUCAUACAGGAGAAAAACCUUACAUGUGUAAGAAAUGUGGUAAAUGUUUCAGUCAAAGUUAUUUAUUAAAGUGCCAUUUUAGAAUUCAUUCAGGAGAAAAACCUUACAUGUGUAAGAAAUGUGGUAUAUUUUUGAGACAACGUAGCCACUUAAGAAGACACCUUAAAACUCAUACAGGUCUCACAUUUACAGAACUACCUUAA